CUGACUCAUAUCCGCGACUGCUGCUCUAAAUGGUAUGAUGCAACGCCUCAGUCAAGGAAGCCUUCGGUGCACGUUGGGGUGACCAGGUGGCGGUGGUGGUGCAGAGUCGAUGUCCUCGGAGGUGAUCAGGGCGACCGCAGGGAUGGUACUAGCAGAGCUGUAUGUCUCGGAUCGAGAAGGAAACGAUGCAACGGGAGAUGGAACCAAGGAGAAACCAUUUAAAACAGGCCUGAAGGCUUUGAUGACAGUUGGAAAAGAGCCGUUUCCCACCAUUUAUGUGGAUUCACAAAAGGAAAAUGAGCGGUGGGAUGUCAUUUCUAAGUCACAGAUGAAGAACAUUAAAAAGAUGUGGCACAGGGAACAGAUGAAGAAUGAUUCUCGGGAGAAGAAAGAGGCAGAAGAUAACUUACGAAGAGAAAAGAACCUGGAGGAAGCAAAGAAAAUUAUCAUUAAAAAUGACCCGAGCCUGCCAGAGCCGUCAUGUGUAAAGAUUUGUGCUUUAGAAGGAUAUAGAGGCCAAAGAGUGAAGGUGUUCGGCUGGGUCCACAGGUUACGCAGGCAAGGAAAGAAUUUGAUGUUUCUGGUGUUGCGAGAUGGUACGGGCUAUCUUCAGUGUGUCUUGUCAGAUGACUUGUGCCAGUGUUACAAUGGAGUGGUGUUGUCCACGGAGAGCAGUGUGGCAGUGUACGGAACCUUAAACCUAACUCCCAAGGGCAAGCAGGCUCCGGGAGGCCAUGAACUGAGCUGUGACUUCUGGGAACUGGUGGGGCUGGCCCCAGCUGGAGGGGCUGACAACCUGAUCAACGAGGAGUCUGAUGUAGAUGUCCAGCUCAACAACCGCCACAUGAUGAUCCGAGGAGAGAACAUGUCCAAGAUCUUGAAAGCACGCUGCAUGAUCACCAGGUGCUUCCGGGAUCACUUCUUCGACAGGGGGUACUGUGAAGUUACCACGCCGACACUGGUGCAGACGCAGGUGGAAGGGGGGGCCACACUCUUCAAGCUCGACUAUUUUGGGGAAGAAGCCUUUUUGACUCAGUCUUCCCAGUUGUACCUGGAGACCUGCCUUCCGGCCCUGGGGGAUGUGUUCUGUAUUGCCCAGUCAUACAGGGCCGAACAGUCCAGAACACGGAGGCACCUGGCUGAAUUCACUCACGUGGAAGCCGAGUGUCCCUUCCUGACCUUUGAGGACCUCCUGAACCGCUUAGAGGACCUCGUGUGUGACGUGGUGGACAGAGUCUUGAAGUCACCAGUGGCAAGCAUCGUGUAUGACCUCAACCCGAACUUUAAGCCCCCUAAACGGCCUUUCCGACGGAUGAACUAUUCAGAUGCUAUCGAGUGGCUGAGGGAGCAUGACGUAAAGAAAGAAGAUGGAACGCUCUAUGAAUUUGGAGACGAUAUUCCUGAAGCUCCUGAGAGACUGAUGACAGACACCAUUAAUGAACCAAUCCUGCUGUGUCGCUUUCCUGUGGAGAUCAAGUCCUUCUAUAUGCAGCGAUGUCCUGAGGAUCCUCGACUGACUGAAUCUGUGGACGUGUUGAUGCCCAAUGUUGGUGAGAUUGUGGGUGGUUCCAUGCGCAUUUGGGAUAGUGAAGAAAUUCUGGAAGGCUAUAAAAGGGAAGGAAUUGACCCUGCUCCUUAUUACUGGUACACAGAUCAGAGAAAAUAUGGUACAUGUCCUCAUGGAGGCUAUGGCUUGGGCUUGGAAAGAUUCCUAAGUUGGAUUCUGAACAGGUAUCACAUCCGAGAUGUGUGCUUGUACCCUCGAUUCGUCCAGCGCUGCAGGCCAUAACCAAGUGCCCCUGGAGCAUGAAGGAAGGGAAAAUAUUCACGAGAAGAUAAGACUGCCUCAGCAAAAGAACAAAAAUCCAAAAUCAUCCUUGACUUCCUGUUGGGUGUAGUAGCUUUUUUCUGUCUUCAUGUUUUUUCUUCCCAUUACCAUAAAAAGCAGUAGGUGUGACUUGAACAUCAAGCAACAUUGAUGUCCCUUUAAUAAAAAUACUCGUUUCAAAAUUUUGAGGAAAUACAUGGCAUGUCACUCUUUAGUUGGGAAGACAUUUUAUUGUACUGUAGGGUACAAUCACUGUAUUAAAUAAACCAUAUAUGAUUAUAUAGUUUUUAAUUAUGGUCUGAUAUUCCAUCAACUUUAUAUUUUUGUCCUUUUAAAUGUCACUGGAAUUGUUUAAUUUAUUAUAUACAUGUUAUAGCAAACAUCUAAAAGAGAAAUUGGCCAUAUGACUUAAAAAUCUAGGAUAGUACAACAGUUGUAGAUACUGGAAUUGAAUAAAUAGUCCUUUACAUUUGCUAUUAAUCUUUUCUAAAUCCACACAGUGCUUCUGAUUCUGAGGGGUAUAAAUUGAUAGAGAAAAAUUUAUAAAGGGGAAUUGGGCUAAAAUUUGCAUUAACAUGAUUUGGGUGAUGGGUUAUUUAAAUGAUUCCGAUUAACUCCUCAGUCUGAAGUUUAAGAGCAGGGUGCAGGCUGGGCUUCCCUCUUCUGAUGUAAUUCUGAGUAAUAAAAAGUAAAUGCGCUCCAAAAGGAUUUACACCUGGAAUCUUAGCUGCCUGUCACAUCCGUGGGUGGGUCCCAUCUGCGAGGCCUGGCAGGCUCCAGCAGGUUUACGGACGGCCACCGUGCACGUUGAUUGGGUCCACUCCCAGUGCAUGCUGUGUGUUCUGAUGGGCUGUGUUCCCACCAAUCAAUAAACGAACACUUGUCAAACCGC